AUGUGCUGGCAUUUUGGUUUGCUGCCAUUUUUAGCAAUGGCUUUUCCUGUAUUUCUUCUCUUGGAGAAGAAGAGCAAAGCAGUCGAUGAUAUACAGAUUUUGGCCAUAGCCAUUACCGAUCUCUUGCCUUCUUGGUGUUUUUCUUGUGUGAACCUGCUUCUUCCGUGGAAUACCACAUCAUCUUGGUAUCAGAGCCAGCGGCUUGGAGAGAUGGCAGAGUCCAGCAAGCGUGUGACGAGCGAGGAGAACCGAAGUUUGGAGGCACUUUGGGCUGCACACGCUGGAGUCGAGAAACGAUUGGAUGACAUCGCGGCGGCGGUGGAUCGUCUAACAGCGGCAUUAAGCCGUGAACCACCCAUUGUUCGGACUGGGGAAGGAUCGUUCCGUGCGGGACGACCUGCUCCGGCUACUAUCACACCAACCGAAGGGCACAGAGGAUUGCCGAUUCGAAUGAGGAGGCGUGCUGCACUGCUUCCGGAGCUUUCAGAUUCAGAGGAGGAUCACAACAGCUUUGCCCCGGAAGGAUUUUCCGAUUCCGAAGCAGAUUUGGCCGAACGUCGUCCGCGACGUUAUGCGGGACGGGAUCGACAUCAGGGCGAGUUUCGAGUGAAGCUCGACAUCCCAUUUUUUGAUGGCAGAUUGCACAUUGAGGAUUAUUUAGAUUGGGAGCGGUCGGUAGAAAACUUUUUCGAUUAUAUGGAGAUCGAAGUGGAAAAACAGGUCAAAUAUGUCGCCUGUAGACUCAAAGGGGGAGCUAGCGCAUGGUGGUCGCAAUUGCUUCAAUGCCGACGUAGGGAAGGUCGCGGCCCUGUCCGCAGUUGGAUCAGAAUGAAGCAACUAUUGCGCGGACACUUCCUUCCUACGGAUUAUGAACAAAUGCUAUACUUAAAGUAUCAGCAUUGUAACCAAGGCAGUCGUUCUGUUAGCGAAUACACGGAAGAGUUAUACAGUCUAUCCGCUAGGAACGAUUUGAAUGAGACCACUAACCAGCUCGUCGCCAGGUACAUUGGAGGAUUGAAGGAAAAUAUUCAGGAUAAACUAGAACUGAACUCCGUUUGGUCGCUCUCGCAAGCGGUUAAUUUCGCUUUGAAAGCAAAAAUACAGUUGGGUCGGCAUUUGAGAAGUGGUUCGUAUCGCAGACAGAGUGUAGACGUCGGACCAGACGUGACGAAGCAGCCGGGAAUUGUGUUGCGGAGGACGCCCGUGGCAGCCGAUAAUAGUGGGUCUACUCCUCCGAUUAAGCCGAACUCAGACCCCAAAGCACCUGUGAAGCCAAAAUUUCCCUUCAGGGAAAAUCCUUAUCCGAGACCUCAAGGUCUCAAGUGCUUUCGCUGUUUUCAGCCGGGACACAAAUCAAAUGAGUGUCCCAAUCGGCAGCAGCUACAAUUGCUGGAGGGAGAAGGGGAGGAAGACGUCGACGUACCCGAAGAAGACGCCGAGUUUGAAGAUGUCAUGGGAGAUGAUGGAGAACCGUUGAUUUGUGUUCUAGAAAAAUUGUUGUUAGCUCCCCGCAAAGUUGUGCAAUCACAACGACAUUCAAUUUUCAAAACUAAAUGUACAAUUGGAGGAAAGGUCUGUGAUCUUCUUGUUGAUAACGGCUGCACCGAAAAUGUGGUGUCCAAGGCUGUUGUGCACGCGUUGCAACUUAAGACGACGAAGCACCCUCAACCCUAUAAGAUUAGUUGGGUUAAGAAAGGUAUGGAGAUUUCCGUAACGGAGACGUGCCGAGUUCGGUUCUCCAUUGGCAAGAACUAUAUAUGCGAAGUAUUGUGCGAUGUUGUAGAAAUGGACGUAUGCCAUCUGAUAUUGGGUCGUCCCUGGCAGUUUGAUGUGGGCGCUAUUUAUGAUGGUAGAGCCAAUACGUAUGCCUUGGAAUGGAAAGGAAAACGGCUUCGCUUGUUACCUCACGCCAACGCUUCGGAGACUAGAGCUGAAUCCGCACGUCCAGCCUUGCAUUUAGUUACAGGGAGUGGCUUUAUAGCCUUCUGUAAAGAGGAUGUUCCUAUGUUUGCACUGGUCAUUCGGGAGAGUGCACCCGAUUGUCCAGCUGAGAGUAAUGAGCGGGUCGAGCGCUUACUCUCGGAAUUUCAAGAUGUGCUGACAAACGCAGUAAACACACUACCUCCUCUCCGUUCUUUGCAACAUCAUAUCGAUUUUGUGCCAGGUUCAAACCUUCCAAACCUGCUGCAUCAUCGCCUGAGUCCAAUUGAGCAUCAAAUACUCCAGGAGCUUGUUGAUGAUUUGCUGAAAAACCAGUUGAUACAACCAAGUCUCAGUCCUUGCGCCGUGCCGGCGCUCUUGGUUCCGAAGAAAGACGGGAGCUGGCGAAUGCGUAUGGACAACCGCGCCAUCAAUAAAAUUACGGUCAAGUUUCAUUUUCCGGUACCGCGAGUAGAGGAGUUGCUGGAACGGCUAGCCGGUGCUACGAUUUUCUCCAAAUUGGAUCUCCGCAGUGGCUAUCACCAAAUCCGUAUUCGGCCCGGAGAUGAAUGGAAGACGGCAUUCAAGACUCGCCAUGGUCUUUAUGAAUGGAGAGUGAUGCCUUUCGGCUUGUGCAACGCACCGUCUACUUUUAUGAGACUCAUGACCGAGGUACUCAAGCCCUUCUUAAACGUCAGCUGCGUAGCUUACUUCGACGAUAUUCUGGUCUUCAGCUCGUCGCUCGCCGAUCACUUAGUGCACUUAAUCGAGAUUUUCAUGGUGCUCCGUCAAAACCAACUGUUCUUGAACCCGAGUAAGUGCGAAUUCGCUACUUCUAGCGUUUAUUUCCUUGGCUUCUUUAUCUCCGCUGCAGGUGUUCAUGUUGAUAAGCGGAAGGUUGAAGCCAUUGUCAACUGGCCAACACCGAAAUCCUUUACCGAGAUCCGCAGCUUCCACGGACUCGCAAAUUUCUACCGUCGAUUUAUCUACAAUUUCAGUUCAGUGAUGGCGCCGAUCACUGACUGCCUGAAGAUGAAGCAGUUCCAAUGGGGUGAGGAUCAAGCCAACAGUUUCGAUCAAAUCAAAGUAGCACUGUCCUCUGCUCCGGUUCUCGCAUUACCCAAUUUCGACAAACCGUUUCACGUUGAUACCGAUGCUUCAGGCAUCGGCAUUGGAGCAGUUUUAAGCCAGGAGAAUUGGCCUGUUGAGUUUUUCAGCGAGAAGCUAUGUCCCUCUCGUCAAAAGUGGAGCGUCUAUGAGCAAGAAUUGUACGCCGUGGUGCGGGCACUCAAGCAAUGGGAACCUUAUCUUCUGCAUCAAGAGUUUGUUUUGUGCAGCGAUCACAGAACUCUUCAAUUCAUUAACAAACAAAAGCAUAUCAACCGAAUGCACGCCAGAUGGAUUCUUUUUCUUCAGCGGUUCUUAUUCGUGCUGAAACAUAAGUCGGGUAAACAAAAUGUGGUAGCUGACGCUCUCAGUCGCCGAACCUUGCUCCUGACCCAGCUUCAGACGGAGAUUACAGUGCUCGAAUGCUUGAAGGAGCUCUAUCCGACUGAUACCGAUUUCAAAAGCAUCUGGGAAGGAUGCCAAUCCGAUGCUGCCCAUGGAGAGUUCACUCUCAGGCACGGUUUUCUGUUCCGCCGAAAUCAACUCUGUAUACCCGAUUCUUCCUGGAGACCACAACUCAUUAAGGAUGUGCAUUGUGGCGUGUUGGCAGCACACGUAGGAAGAACAAACACUUAUUUACCGCUCCAAUCCCGUUUUUAUUGGCCGCAUCUCCAUCGGGAUGUUAUGAGGUUUGUUGAAAGGUGCCCCAUUUGCCAGAGCUACAAGACCGGCGGCCAGCUUAGCGGUCUAUACCUGCCAUUGCCUACACCCGAGACAAUCUGGGAAGACUUAAGUCUGGAUUUUGUUAUGGGGCUGCCGCGUACUAAGCGAGGACAUGAUUCUAUAAUGGUGGUAGUUGAUAGGUUCUCUAAGAUGGCGCAUUUUGUGCCAUGUAAGAAGACAUUUGAUGCAUUGAAUGUGGCGCGAAUCUUCUUCGCCGAAAUCGUCCGAUUACAUGGGUUGCCCCGGAGUUUAACUUCCGACCGUGAUGUUAAAUUCAUUAGUCAUUUCUGGAAGGAGCUUUAG